AGGAAGGGUGCGCAGUACCAGGGAAUGGGGAGGGGCUCUCAAGGGGACCUGGUGACAGCCCGAAGGGGGUGAGCGCCAUGUCUGACGUCACUGCGGCGCGCCGCUUCCGGUCCCCCGCGCGGUAGCAAAUGAUUUCUCUUUCGGUGGGACCGGAGCCGGGCUGGCCCUGACCCUCCAGAGCCCACGAUCUCGCCGGGAGCCCGCCAGUGCCAGCGUCCUACACGCGCCCGGGACCAUGGCCACUGAUUCGUGGGCUCUGGCGGUGGACGAGCAGGAAGCGGCCGCCGAGUCGUUGAGCAACUUGCAUUUAAAGGAAGAGAAAAUCAAACCAGAAGCCAAUGGUGCUAUUGUCAAGACCAAUGCUAAUGAAGAGAAGACAGAUGAAGAAGAGAAAGAGGACAGAGCUGCCCAGUCUUUACUCAACAAGCUGAUCAGAAGCAACCUCGUCGAUAACACAAACCAAGUGGAAGUCCUGCAGCGGGACCCCAGCUCCCCGCUCUACUCAGUGAAGUCUUUUGAGGAGCUCCGCCUAAAACCACAGCUUCUCCAGGGAGUCUAUGCCAUGGGAUUCAAUCGUCCAUCCAAAAUACAAGAGAAUGCAUUGCCUUUGAUGCUUGCUGAACCUUCACAGAACUUAAUCGCCCAGUCUCAGUCUGGUACUGGCAAAACAGCUGCAUUUGUGUUGGCCAUGCUCAGCCAAGUAGAACCGGCCAACAGAUUCCCCCAGUGUCUGUGCCUCUCUCCAACAUAUGAGCUCGCUCUUCAAACAGGAAAAGUGAUUGAACAGAUGGGUAAAUUUUACCCUGAGCUGAAGUUAGCUUAUGCUGUUCGAGGCAAUAAACUGGAAAGAGGUCAGAAGAUCAGCGAGCAGAUUGUCAUUGGCACCCCUGGGACCGUCCUGGACUGGUGCUCCAAGCUCAAGUUCAUUGACCCCAAGAAGAUCAAGGUGUUCGUGCUGGAUGAAGCCGACGUGAUGAUAGCUACGCAGGGCCACCAGGAUCAGAGCAUCCGCAUCCAGAGGAUGCUGCCCAGGAACUGCCAGAUGCUGCUGUUCUCUGCCACCUUCGAGGACUCUGUGUGGAAGUUUGCCCAGAAAGUGGUCCCAGACCCCAACAUCAUCAAGCUGAAGCGCGAGGAGGAGACGCUGGACACCAUCAAGCAGUACUACGUGCUGUGCAACAACAGAGACGAGAAGUUCCAGGCCUUGUGCAACCUCUAUGGGGCCAUCACCAUCGCUCAGGCCAUGAUUUUCUGCCAUACCCGCAAAACAGCCAGUUGGCUGGCAGCAGAGCUCUCGAAAGAAGGCCACCAGGUGGCGCUGCUGAGCGGCGAGAUGAUGGUGGAGCAGAGGGCCGCCGUGAUCGAGCGCUUCCGAGAGGGCAAAGAGAAGGUGCUGGUGACCACCAACGUGUGCGCCCGAGGUAUCGAUGUGGAGCAGGUAUCUGUCGUGAUCAACUUUGAUCUCCCCGUGGACAAGGACGGGAACCCCGACAACGAGACCUACCUGCACCGGAUCGGGCGCACCGGCCGCUUUGGCAAGAGGGGCCUGGCCGUGAACAUGGUCGACAGCAAGCACAGCAUGAGCAUCCUCAACAGGAUCCAGGAGCAUUUCAAUAAGAAGAUAGAAAGACUGGACACGGAUGAUCUGGAUGAGAUUGAGAAGAUAGCCAACUGAGAAGCUCCCCGCUCCCUGCGCCGCCCUCGUCACCUCCAGGGGAGGAAGCCCAGUGCUCGCGCGGCCCUGGCCUCGAUUACCACAGAGACGAAGGCACGAGGAAGAAGCUGCCUACCUCAUUAAAUUAUGUUUGGACUUGACCAAAAUAUGUGGAAAUGAUGGGGAAUGGUAGGUUAAUUGUUCAUACAACUUUGGAGGAUUAGGCGUGAAUAUACAAAAUUUUCUUUUUGGAAAUAGCGUCUUUUUCUGGUCAGCAUUUUCCCCGCAAUAUGCUCAUCUAGAUGCUGUAGCUGAUUACUUUUCCAGGAUCCCGUGACAAUCUCUGCUUGUUCUCUGGCUUGGAGUGUGCGGGCCGGCCUGGAGAGCACGUGGAAGUGACACAGUAGAGGGGAAGCGGGGACACAGUGAGAAGCCCCAGGUCGAUGUUUGGAAGCUUAGUCAUUUUGUCUGGAAGAUGGCAUGAGGCAACAGAGCAGCCCUGGGAGCUUCUGCUUUGGACUUGGUGUGGAACAGAUACUGCCAGCCCCUCCGUCCUAAUGCCCAUACCAGGAAGGGAUUUGCUGUGACGGACCGAAAUGCCAACCUUGGGACCUUCGUAUGCAGACUUGUUUCUUGGGACUGUGAUUUGUUCUUUUCAGCAGAUAUAAUCGGUGUGGUGCACAUUGGAUCGGUCCUUGCCCUGUGCUAAGCAGGUUCUAUAGAGUAGGCAUCUUGAGAGUCAGUAGUAGCCCGGGUUUACCACUCCUGGUUCCCAGGCACUUGCAGUGUCCUUUUUAUAUUCCUCACAUCACCUUGACCCAGUGUCUGCGAGAAGCUGGGCAGUGACCCGAGGUUUGACUUCUCAGUGAAAGUUGAGGGUUUAUUUCCAGUGGCUAGGCUCAAGGCAACCCUGUGUGCAGGCAGUAAUACUCACGAGGUUUUGCUUUGCCUUCAAAUUGCGUAAAGCAGUUUUUGUCAGAGCUAGGAAAUGAUUACAGAUAUUUGGCAUCUUGAUUUGUAAAGGAAUUCUGAAUGUCUGUGUUUAUAGUGUCUGGAAUAUAAACAGGUGCAAUUAGGGACUACUAGAUGGACUACAGCUGCUCAUCUGUCCAUGGCAAGAGUCUUCACCAAGCCCUUUGGUCUAUCCUUACUUGGCCUUUUUGUGUAGAAUAUAUGCAGAGCAGACAAUAGAAGUGGACACCUCUCCAUAUGUGGCCAAGACUGUUGGUACCCCAGAGUGACAGAGCAAAGAUGAGAUGAAACUCAUUUGUAAGAGUGGCCUGAAGUCCCAGCCCAAAGGAGUUCUCAGCUUUUUGGCCUUGAUACAGAGGACCUGCAAGAGGAAUUUAUUUAUUUUUUUCCUUUGGUGGCUCUGGGGUUCGAAUCCAGGGCCUUGUACACAGUAGGAGAGUACUCUACUGCUGAGCUAUAUCGCUAGCCAUGGAAGAGGUUUUAAUGUGAUGGGAACUAUUCUAAUUUUAGAUCUUUCUCUUAGACAUGUCCGUGUUUUAAGAUCAGAUCUAUCACCUGGGAGGGGAUGUGGCCAAUGUCAGCCCCCAGGUGGUUUCCUUAAUCUAGCAUUGUGAAGAGGGAAACUGCUACUUCUGCCACUUUCCCCCAUGGGUAUUGGACUAUGUAGUGUUUUCUCAGUGGUUCUGGUCACUUCUCAGGAGUCUUGUAAGAACAGAAGAAAUUUAGUGUUUCUCUCAAGUCCUGUGAACCAAACUUGAAGUAACUGAAAACAAGGACAGUAUUUAAAGAAGCAUAUAGACGGCUCCCUAGGCUGCAGACUGACUGUGCCGCCCCCGCCCCCAGGACACAUAACCACGUACUGUUGUAGCCCUAAGUCUGAGAAGGAAAUGGGCAGGGCGUGUAGCAGACUUUUCAAUAGUAGAAGUAAAUGGGCUUCCGGUGGAAGUGUGUUUCAGUAGUUCUUAAGCUGGGGUCUUGAAUCUCUAUCACUGGAUAGGUUUCAUCUACAAGGUAUAUGCAUUGGUUUGAGUUUAAAGAUAUUUUCUUGAUGAGGCUCCCAAAGGAUCAUGCAUCUCUUAAAAACAUGAAAAUCUAAUGUGGAUACCUCUGGAGCGUCACCCCAGUGUCACUGUGAACUAUAUUCCCUCACAGUCAUAUUCAUGCCAGUGCCAGCUCCUCGGGCUCAAAGGUAUAGUUGCUUCAGUGACCUCAUGCAGCCUAGACACCAGUGAUGUACAAAUACGUUGUUUGGUGAGCUUUGGUUCCCAGGGAUUUUAGUCAAAUUCAUUCGUUUUUAUAUAUAUCUACAAACUGAUAAAUUGCACUCUAGAACAGAGAAACUCAGGAAAUUUUUGGUGCAGAGGAAAAUUCUGGAUAUGUUCAUUAUCCACAAACUUUUGGAUUUUAUUGGGUCUUUUUUUUUUUAGUAUCUAUCAUUCACUGGCUGUAUGCAUAAGAAUGAAUUAAUUGUUGAUGUAUUUUUUUAUUGAUGUUAAUUGUGAAGAAUUUAUGUUACUAAGACAUCAUUUCUAAGUAUAAGAAGGAAGUGCCAGUGUGUUUUCUGUUGCUGGUAUUAGUAGUAAAUGAAGAGAUGGA